ACGAGGGAGAAGAAGUGUAGCGGCCAUAGUUAGCUUUUUUGCCCUACAAGUCUACAUGAUAACUCUCUUGUAGUCUAGCUAACUCUAACCAGUGGUAGCUAGGUGUAAUUAUGCUGUAACUAUGGACCUACCACGGAUAACUCCUAGCUUGCUCUAACGCUUCUAGUUCUACACCCGGAUCGUGAGCUAGCUACAUGUAGCUUAAUUGUCUUAUUAUUCUAACUUUGGAAUCUUUCCAUUUUGUACCACAUAUUUUCAUCUUUUGAAAAAGGUGAAUAUAAUAUGCAAAUGAAUAAGUUGCACGCGUGCGUCGACUUCCAGCUAUCAAUAUUCAAUGCGUUUUAAGGACAGAGCUAGCUAUAAAUCAGCUGGAGAGAUACUUUAGAGCAAAGGAGAUAGGUUUAUAGCAGCUCAGACCGUCGUCCAGCCUCUGUAUAAACAAUAAAACAGGCUAUUCAACAGAUAAUUCGGGAUCGUUGCAUAAAAUAAACUGAACUGAACUAAACUGAACUGAUCUGGACUCCUUUACCCGAAUGAAGCUGCUGCUGUUUCUGAAAGAAAACCAAGAAGCUCAACAUCACAUGUAUGUAAGUGAAUCCAUUGCGACUACACCAUGAAGUGGAAGUGUCUAUCCCCCAGAUCGUCGGUGGCAGCCAUCUUUAUCUGCUUCAUACCAAUUUUGAUUAUCAUCUUCGAUUUGAGUGGCAACAGUCGGCAAGGAGAGCAGUCACUGGGGAGUCCAACUCACCGUGUUUCAGGUUCUCGCCAUGUUUCACAGUUGACCCUGAACAGUUCACAAUAUCCUUUCACUCUCUUUCAGAGCAGAUGGAGCUGCAAAAACGAGAGAGCAAUCAAGACAAGAAACCUGGAUUGCAAAAGCCGGUUGCCUGAUGUGAUCGGUAUAGGUGCAAAGAAAUGUGGAACCGGUGCGCUCGAAUUCUUUCUUCGCGGGCACCCAGCUCUACACAUAGCGGCUGUUGUAGAAGCCCAUCAAUGGGAUUGGCACCCGACAAGGAGUAUCGAAAAAUAUCGACAACUAAUGCCCAGAACUUCACAGUAUCAAUUGACCAUGGAGAAAACGCCAGCGUACUUUGUUGCAGACGACAUACCUGCCGCGAUAGCGCGGGACGUGUCACGCGAUAUCAAGCUCUUGCUUAUCCUGCGAGACCCCGUAAAACGCGCCAUUUCUGACUACACUCACGUCUUGGACGUGUUCCCGAAAAUGGCGCGUAAACAACGGUACGGCACCAGGAGACGGGGAAGAGUACCAAAGUACCCUCAAGCAAACAUAUCUUACGUCAUAGAAGACACAUUUGAAACGAGCGUACUAAACGAAGACGGUACAGUGAACGACGAUAAUGCCAUUAUCUUUACAGGGUUGUACUCACGCCAUCUCCGUAAUUGGUUCAAGAUUUUCCCUCGCGAACAGAUACUUAUACUGGAUGGUGAUUUGUUUUCUAAGAAUCCCCUACCUCAACUCCAAGCCACCGAAUCGUUCUUGGGGCUGCCAAAAUAUUUCGACGCCACCAAGAUAUACUUUGACGAAGCAAAAGGAUUUUUCUGUCUGGCAAUGCCUUUUAAGCACUGCAUGGGAAAAGGUAAAGGCAGAAAGCAUCCUGAAGUGGAAAGAGAAACUUUUAAGAAAUUGUACAAAUUUUACGAACCAUAUGAUAAAGAGCUUGAGAUUCUAACGGGAAGGAAAUUUUCAUGGAUGAAUCUUAACAAUGAUGAAGUCACUGGUUGAUAUUGUUAAACUUUUAAAUAUUUAAGAUUGCAAGAAGCUUGACAAAAUGAUAUAUUCAUGUAUAUUUAUAUAUUUAAUCGUUUAUUCAUGCAUUUAUUUAUUUAGUCUUAUUUGACCAGGGUGGUUUCACCAGUGACAUCGACACUGCUUACAAAAAUUCCCUACAAAUUAACAAAUUAUGGACAAUAUAAUACAAGAUAUUAACUUUAUAAACAAAAUUUGAUCAAAAUAAAUGAUUCGUUAGUCACAUAAAACUAUACAGGACGAAAAAAUAGCCAAAUUGUAACUCAGCCAGUAUAGAUCAAGUGUCAAUCUUAUUUUAAUCAUUUUUAAAAUCAAACUCGGGUUCCAUACACAUUAGUGUAGUAUCUGUCUCAAUGGAAAUCUUUAGACUUUUGAGAUAAGAAAUAAUACAAUCUUGAAUAGUGUUAGAUAAUCAUGUCAUUCAAACUUGAAUUAAAUGCAUCAUAAGUUAUAUUAAUGAUAAUAUUCUAUAGCAUAUAUAAAUAUAAUCUAAGCAUCAAUGUUGAUGCAGCCAUUUACUCUUCUUACAUGAACAAAUAUUGAAUAUAAUAUAAAUUCAGAGAAAAUAUCUAUAUAAUAUAGUAUUAAUGACUGCUUUGA